ACCUCUGGUGGAAACAAGGCUAAAAUCAGGAGAAGAGCCCACCCACAACUACACUGCGCAACCAUCUUUAAGCUCUUCCUGAUUCAAUCGCUUCCCUUCAACAUUCCCGAGCGUCAGAAACAAUCCCAAAGAUGAGUUAUCCUGGUUACCCUACCCAGACAGGUGGCUACCCCCCACAACCAGGUGCAUAUCCCCCCCAAGCUGGAGGUUACCCGCCUCAGGCUGGAGGUUACCCGCCUCAGGCUGGGGGUUACCCGCCUCAGGCUGGGGGUUACCCGCCUCAGGCUGGGGGUUACCCGCCUCAGGCUGGGGGUUACCCGUCUCAGGCUGGGGGCUACCCGCCUCAGGCCGGGGGCUAUCCGCCCCAAGCCGGGGGCUAUCCAUCCCAGCAGGCUGGUGGUUACCCUCAACCAGGUGGAGGUUUUCCUCAGGGGGGAGGCUUCCCUCCUCAGGCCGGAGGGUAUCCUUCCAUGCCUCCAGCACAAGGUGGUUGGGGUGGAGCCCCUGCUGGUGGAAUGCCAGGUGGAGGUAUGCCCCAGGGGUACCCAGGCUGUCCUGCCCCAGGUCAACCCCAGGGGUACCCAGGCUGUCCUGCCCCAGGUCAACCCCAGGGGUACCCAGGCGGUCCUGCCCCAGGUCAACCCCAGGGGUACCCAGGCGGUCCUGCCCCAGGUCAACCCCAGGGGUACCCGGGCGGUCCUGCCCCAGGACAGCAGCCCAUGCCUGGCUACCCUGGUGGAGCCCCGGCCCCCAACCCUUCCAUGCCAGGAUAUGGAGGUGGUGUUCCGGCUACUCCUUAUUCACCUGCCAUCAACAGAGGCUAUAGGGGUGUUAUUAAGGACUAUCCAGGCGCUGACCCUCUGAGGGAUGUGGAAGUCCUCCGCAAGGCCAUGAAGGGCUUUGGCACGGAUGAGGCAGCUAUAAUUGAGAUUCUUGGGAGCCGCUCAAACAAGCAGAGGGUUCCAAUGGUUGCAGCCUACAAAACCACUUAUGGGAAGGAUUUAUUCCACGAUCUAAAGUCUGAGCUGACUGGGAACUUUGAGAAGCUGGCUAUUGCCAUGUUGCAGACACCAGCCAAGUUUGAUACAUCUCAACUCAAAGAAGCCAUAGCGGGUGCAGGUACCGAUGAGGCCUGUCUGAUUGAGAUCCUGUCAUCUCGCUCCAAUGCAGAAAUCAGAGAAAUUAAUCAAAUUUACAAAAACGAGUAUGGUAAGAAACUGGAGGAUGCCAUCAUUAAUGACACAUCAGGACACUUCCGUAGGCUCCUCGUCUCCCUCUGUCAGGGAAAUCGAGACGAGAGGGAACAGGUGGACAUCAACAUAGCCAAACAGGAUGCUCAGAAACUGUAUGCUGCCGGGGAGAACAAAGUGGGGACGGAUGAGUCCCAGUUCAACGCCAUACUGUGUUCCAGGAGCAAACCCCACCUGAGAGCAGUGUUCAAUGAGUACCAGCAGAUGAGUGGUAGAGACAUCGUGAAGAGCAUCUGCAGGGAGAUGUCUGGAAACGUGGAGGAUGGCAUGGUGGCUGUGGUGAAAUGCAUCAGGAACACUCCUGAAUACUUUGCAGAGAGGCUGCACAAGUCCAUGGCGGGGGCUGGGACCAAGGACAGGACUCUGAUUCGGGUCAUGGUGACUCGCUCCGAGGUGGACAUGCUGGAUAUCAGACAGGCAUACCAGAAGACCUACGGGAAAUCACUGUUCACCGCCAUCUCUGGUGAUACCUCUGGGGACUACCAGAAGCUGCUGCUGAAGCUGUGUGGAGGAAGUGAUUAGAGCGAUAUGAAGAAAUCCCCGAUAUCAAUCAGGACAGUGACGUCAUAGAAUCAGAAUGAGAACCAUAGAAUCAUAAGUGCUAUGGCCGUUCUACUCAUUCUAAUUCUAUGAGUGUAGUAGUCCAUGAGAAUGUAACAGACAGGAUCUUAUAUCAACCUGUGAUAUAUGUAGUUAGUUUUGCCAAAUUUGUGUCUCACACCAUAAUGUGCUGCGUGAUGUAUGUAGUUAUUUUUGCCAAAUUUGUGUCUCACACCAUAAUGUGCUGCUUGAUGUAUGUAGGAUAAUGACUUUAUUUGCUGCAUAUGCAAUCCGUUAUUGUUAUUAUAUAGUCUUGAUUCAUUUUCAAAAGUUUAUAUUUUUUAUUUUAAUCGUGAUAUCUGUAAUCAUAUUUCAUAUGAUCAGGAUAAUGCCAUUUAAAAACAAUGCAGUACUAUAAUUGACAAAUUAUUAUAUUAGCUAACUGCCAAAUACUAAAUAUGAAUAUUUCUGGAUUUGUGUCAACACGUGCAAAUAUUUUAGGAUAUUUAGAUACUUAUUAAGAUAUAAAAAAAAAUGUAGGUUAUUAUAGCUUUAUUGCUGACUGCUAUAUUCUAUGCAAAUUAGCCAACUUGUUUAAUUUCAAAUGAAAGCCAAUGAUAAUUAAAUAUCACCACACAAAGCUGGUAUUUAUUUUCUCUUAUUGACACCUUUUAAUAAUGUAGGCCAUUUUUCCAUUGCUUGUUUCCUAGAUAUUAACACAAUGUUGCCUUUUUUAUGCUGCAGACCCAAAGCCGCCAUGCCAUGCAACUCUUUCAAUGUUUUACCAUCUAUUUUGAAAGCUGUUUAAGUUCCAUGCAAGUCAAUAUUUAUGUUUUCAUUUCAUCUUUCACUGCUAUUUCUAAUAUAAGCCGUUGUACAACUAAUUGCCAAUACUUAAAUAUUUAAUUAUUUGUUGUCAAUAUUGUUUAACGAUUUAUUCAUUGCGUAGGUAUAUACUGUAUAGUAUAAUUUGAUGCCAGUAGAGGGCAGUUUGAACACAAUGGAUCCAGUGAGGCAUUGUAAUUGGAAAAUGAUAUAAAUAUAUGCUAAUACCACGUUUGUAACUUAUCACAAUGGCCCAAACGUUUACAAUCAUUUGGUUGUUGUAAUGUUCACCCACAGGCUUAUAAUGGUGUCCUUCCUGUCAAAUUAAAAUAUUUUGACUGGCAAUGAU